AUGGCCUCUGCGGUAUUCUUUCUCGAUUUGAAGGGCAAGACCCUGCUUGCGCGCAAUUAUCGAGGUGACAUUCCCAUGUCCGCGGUAGAGAAAUUUCCCAUCCUCCUUUCAGAAGCCGAAGAAGAAUCGUCUGCUGUGCCUCCUUGCUUUUCCGACGAAGGUAUCAAUUACCUUUACAUUCGCCAUAACAAUCUUUAUCUUCUUGCCUUGACGAAACGAAAUACCAAUGCCGCAGAAAUCCUGCUCUUCCUCCACAAAAUCGUGGAGGUCUUCACGGAGUACUUCAAGGAGCUGGAAGAGGAGUCAAUACGAGACAAUUUUGUCAUUAUCUACGAACUCUUGGAUGAAAUGAUGGACUUCGGCUACCCACAGACGACCGAGUCCAAGAUCCUACAAGAAUAUAUCACCCAAGAAUCACACAAGCUCGACGUGCAAGCCCGACCGCCGAUUGCCGUCACGAAUGCAGUGUCGUGGAGAAGCGAGGGGAUCAGAUAUCGAAAGAACGAAGUGUUCCUUGAUGUCAUUGAAUCUCUCAAUCUCCUGGUUUCGUCCACGGGCAAUGUACUACGGUCCGAAAUCCUAGGUGCCAUCAAAAUGAAAUGCUAUCUGUCGGGAAUGCCGGAACUUCGAUUGGGCUUGAAUGACAAAGUCAUGUUUGAGACGACAGGGAGAGCGACACGAGGUAAGGCGGUCGAGAUGGAAGAUGUCAAAUUUCAUCAAUGUGUGAGACUAUCAAGAUUCGAAAACGACAGAACAAUCAGUUUCAUUCCACCAGAUGGAGAAUUUGAAUUGAUGAGUUACCGACUCAACACUGCUGUUAAGCCGCUGAUCUGGGUUGAGUGCGUGGUGGAGUCGCACUCGGGUUCUCGGAUUGAGUAUAUGCUCAAAGCCAGAGCUCAAUUCAAAAGGAGGUCGACCGCCAACAACGUCGAAAUCAUCAUUCCUGUUCCGGAUGAUGCAGACACGCCACGAUUUAGAACCAACAUUGGAUCCGUACACUACGCCCCGGAAAAAUCUGCCAUCGUAUGGAAGAUCAAGCAAUUUGGAGGCGGUAAAGAAUUCUUGAUGCGUGCUGAACUUGGGCUGCCUAGCGUCAAAGGAGACGACGAACGAGGUGGUGGUAUGACCGGUGGUUUUGGCGGUAGCAUGGGAGGCAUAACGGGAGAAGGCAAGGCCAAACGACCCAUCAAUGUGAAGUUCGAAAUUCCCUAUUUCACGACUAGUGGCAUUCAGGUGAGAUACUUGAAGAUCAUAGAACCGAAGUUACAAUAUCCAUCAUUGCCGUGGGUACGAUAUAUCACGCAAUCCGGCGACAUUGCAGUCCGACUACCUGAUGUGCAAGGCUGA